GCGCCCCCGCCGCGGCUCCGCGCCUCCGCCGCCGAGCGCCCCGGCGGGCCCGAUGGCGAGCACGUCGGCGGAGAUCGUCGCCUUCCUGCUGACCAUCUCCGGCUGGGUGCUGGUCUCCUCCACGCUGCCCACCGACUACUGGAAGGUGUCGAGCAUCGACGGCACGGUCAUCACCACCGCCACCUUCUGGGCCAACCUCUGGAAGACCUGCGUGACCGACUCCACCGGCGUCUCCAACUGCAAGGACUUCCCCUCCAUGCUGGCGCUGGACGGUUACAUCCAAGCCUGCAGAGGGCUGAUGAUCUCCGCAGUCUGCCUGGGGUUCUUCGGUUCCGUGUUUGGGCUGAUUGGGAUGAAGUGUACAAAAGUCGGCGGUUCUGAUCAGACCAAAGCAAAAAUAGCUUGUUUAGCUGGACUGAUUUUCAUACUGUCUGGGCUGUGCUCUAUGACUGGUUGUUCCCUGUAUGCAAACAGGAUUACGUCUGAGUUCUUUGAUCCUUCUUAUAUUGCACAAAAGUAUGAAUUAGGAGCAGCUUUAUUCAUUGGAUGGGCUGGAGCUUCACUCUGCAUAAUUGGUGGCAGUAUAUUCUGCUUCUCAAUAGCUGAAAACAGUAAAUCUCCAAGGAGGGGGUAUGCAUAUAACGGAGCCACAUCUGUGAUGUCUUCUCGCACAAAGGUUCACAGCAGCGUCCCAGACAAAACCCCACCAAAGCACUUUGACAAGAACGCCUACGUUUAAUUGUACUGUUCGAAGAUCCAAAAAGCCAGUUUUGAAAAUGAGUUUGUAUGUUUCAUUCAGGGUGAUUUCUCCCCCACAAAACACAAUGGAAUAACCACUAAGACGAUGAAUUUUUAAGAUACUAACUUGCAGCUUUUUACAUAUUGAUGUAAAUUUUAUUAUACCAUAUUUUAAGAUUGAUGUUGGUAUUGUAAAGUUUAUACCUGCAAAUCAUGCAUUGAUGCUGCUUUCUAAAAAAAAAUAAAAAAUAAAUAGGGUAUUUAC